AUGGCUGCUCUUGUUUUGGCGAGGAUGCCGCCAGUCACGCUUCAGGCAGUCGGGCGCAAACGUGCCAAUGCUCUCAGGCGCGAAGGUGCGGUCUUGACCAACCAGCAGAAAGAGGAUGCAAUGAUUGGCCAGUGGCAGGAGAUGUGGGACGUCUCCACCAAAGCCGCGUGGACGAAGGAGCUCAUCCCGGACUUACGAAGAUGGUGGAGCCAAGGACCAAGGGAAGUAAGCUACCACAUGGCUCAAGCCCUAACGGGCCAUGGAUGCUUUCAGAGUUAUUUAUGGCGGAAAGGAAAAGCCGAGAAUCCGGGGUGCGUGCACUGUCCAGCUGUGUUUGAUGAUGCUGAACACACGUUAUUCGCCUGUCCAUUCUGUUGCGGCGGCGUUAAGGAAUCCAGUCGGUCCAGAGGACGUUCCGUACCUCCUGUGCGGUCCCGACCAACAAGAGCUCCCGGAACAACCAUCGCAACGGAGUAG